AUGUGCACGCGCACAGCCGGUCCGUGCAUUGAGUGUCUUCUCCCCCACCGGGGGACCAUGAGUUGGCGGGGGAGAAACUCGGAUCGCAUCAACGUCCACAGGCCGUUCCCCAGCGACGAUAUUUCUACAACAGACACAUGCCCAAUGCAAUUUCUUUCAGCACAAAGAAAUGCAAGAAAAGGACCAUCAGAAAAAUGUCGAAGUGUAUCUGUUUGUUCAACAGACCGGACUUGUGUGGACUGGCUUUCGAAGAAGUCAUUUGCAUAUCUCCAGGAUAAAGCAGAUAAGGAAUCCUUGGGAGUUAGUGCUCUUUGUCAGCCCUUGUUUGAUACAGAAGAAUGCUUUAUCAAGGAAUUGGAUGAAUAUAUAGCCUGUAAGGAUAUGCUAAACUUGAGAAAAAAAGAAAUACUGUACAAAAAAUGGAAUGAUUACGUUUAUGAACCAAUCCAAUGGAAAGUCAAGGCAAAAUUAAAUCAGUCAAUUGAAAGAAGACGGCCUUCAGUUUUACAGUAUUUAGACUACUGCAAUAAAAAGGAGCCUGUAUUUUUGGAAGAAUAUAACACAGAUGAUUUUAAUCCAUUUGUCAGCCAUCUGUGCAAACCUCAUACAUUUAAGACAAGGAUUUCAACUGUCAAUGAUCCUCUGCUGUUUCAAUCAAGAAGCAAGACUGAGGAAGACAAUGCUAUUCUGCAGUGUCAAAAAGGUAAAGUUUAUUCUUUAAAAGAAACUGAAGAAUUUCACAAGGCACAACUACCUUUGGUUCCAUUGGGUCGCCAAUAUGUUGACAGCAACACCUGGCUCCGUGUACCACUAGGCUAUAUUGAGAGUGAAGUCCGACAAAGAAGCAGAUGACACUUGUAAAAUGGAUCAAAUAGUGAAGAUGACAGUAACAGACUUCAAAGGGAUACAGUCGUGUGAAAUGGAAACGGAUGACUUGGAGAAGUAGACAUAUGUGAGUUCAUCAUCCAUUUUUAUUGCGAAGACGCAGAUUUAUAAGAAGCUUUUCCAGGACUGACCUUCUGCACCAUGGACCAGUAGACGUUCCAGAUUAGUUUAACUUAGUUUAAUGUGUGUCCUAGGCCAGCUCCUGAAAGUAGUCUUUGGCUUAUUGUACAACUACCUCCAAAACUAACUGGUAAUAAAAAAUUACAUAAUGUGAAUGCAUGAGUUUUAAUAAGAACGCAGUAACAGCUAUUAGUUUAGAAGAGAGUGCCAAAAUCUGUGAGAAGUAAUUUACUGCACAAAUUUAGUCAUUUACUUGAUAAGUAGCAAAGAAUAGAAUUGACAAUGUAAUAGUAAUUCAUGUCACUUACUGAAUGUAUCACUUAGCUAAAAUGAAAAUAAAACCCAAGGUAAGGAAAUCUAAAACCAGAGAAGUCUGGAAAUACUUGGAUCAGGUAGCAUCCAUGGCCUUCUGGAGGAGGAUACGAGAUCUGAAACAUCAUCUAUUUCUCCACGAAUGCUGUUUACAGCUGCUUUGGUUUUCAUUUAUAAAAUAUUUCAGGCCUAGCACAAGUACUUUGAGGUUGAGAGAAUAAUUUGAUCAAAUAAUUUGCUGUCAGCUAUUAGCAGAUUAAGGUGAGUCCUAUGGGGACCCAGCAAAUGGACAGCUGGAAAACUGAACUGAGAUGUUGAUAAUACUGUACAUAUUGUUGGUUAAGCAUUUGACCCUCAAUUUGAUCAAUUUUGCAUUGAUUCUGCUUUUCAAAAAGAGGAAGAUCAUAGUGACAUAUUCAAUUUGUCAUGUACAGAGUACAGAUAAAAUCAAAGGUGACAUUAUAGGUGGUAAGGCAAUAAUGGUAAAAUAUUGAACAUGCACUAACUCAAACUUGCUUUAAGAUCUAAUUUAAACAAAAAGUUCUGGUAAUGUAGCAUACAUGAAGUACUGCACAGCAGA